CCACGUUCACCCCAAUACUCAACAAAAACAUCUGGCGUCAUGGCGUCGGACUCGCGCUUCACGUCGCAAAACAAGACUACGCAGCAGCGCAUUUCUAACAACACUGUUGGUCUUGUAGCCCUCUCCGAUUUUCGCAAACGCCGUGCCGAGGUUCUAGAACAACAGGAGCGCGAGGCCCGCGAAGCUGCCCUGUCAGGCUCACCCAUCUCAACACCCACACCGGACCGCUCCUUGACCAGCACACCUGAUCCCGCGAGUGACCCUGCGGCGCCCCCUAAGAAAAGAAAGAAGAAGAGAAACGUUGGCGUCAAGCUGUCGUUUGGUAACGAUGAGGACGAGAACGAGGGCGGAAAUGAGGAGGACAAGGGAGCGACAGAUGCUAGAAACGUGACUCCGGGAAAGGACGAAGGAACGCCUGCCGACAAGGAUACGAGCAAGGCCAAGUUCAAGGUCAAUUCAUCUGUCUCGGUCGUUCCCCGAGCUGUUACCAAGUCAGCAUUGCGCCGCGAGGCUGCCGAGAGAGACCUUCUUAGGCGAGAGUUUCUCCAGCGCCAGGAGCGAGUCAAAGCCGCCGAAAUCGCGAUACCAUUCGUCUUCUACGAUGGAUCAAACAUUCCCGGAGGCACAGUGCGCGUUAAGAAGGGCGACUUCGUGUGGCAAUUCCUGGAUAAGAGCAGGAAAGUCGGAGCGGAUCUCGGCGUUGGUGAGAAGGCCAACGCUCGGAGAGAGUGGGCGCGGGUCGGUGUGGACGAUCUUAUGAUGGUGCGAGGCAAUGUCAUCAUUCCACACCAUUAUGAUUUCCUGUUCUUCAUCAUGAACAAGACCUUGGGACCAAAUGGAACUAUCUUAUUCAAAUACGACGCCGACGCAUCGAUACCACUGAAACAUGCAGCUGCCAUUGAUGAUCAACCGCUUCCAAUUAACACCCCUCUCUCUGCCACUAGUACACAAGCCCCAACCGAGACCCUCGAAGGUGCAUCCGAUGAUCCGACCAUGACCAGAGUAGUGGACCGAAGAUGGUACGAGCGUAACAAACACAUUUAUCCCGCCAGCAUGUGGCAGGAUUUCGACCCGGAGAAGGAUUAUCAGAAGGAAGUCAGGCGCGAUACUGGUGGUAACACAUUCUUCUAUUCUUGAAGAAUAAGAGAGGGAAAAGCAAAAACAUAAGCAAACCGAUCGAAUCGUCUAGUACUUUGUUGGGUAUCACAGGAAGCAGAAAACGAAAAGCAGAGAGGGAAUUCAAGAGAGACCUGGGCUAAACAAAGUGUCAAUC